AUGUCAUCAUCAUUCCCAUUGGCCUCCUUUCUCAUCACUCUCCUGUUGGCUGCAUCUGUCUGCACCCACGGAGGAGAACCGGUAACCGACACCGACGGUGACGAAGUACAGAUCAAUGAAGCAUACUUCAUCCAACCGGUCACUACCGAGCUUAGCAGAGGUGGUCUUGUCCCACUUGCUGCUAGAGUUUCCGGUUGUUCACCUGGCAUCACCGGAUCGCUACCGGAAGAACUGGGAACGCCCGUUAGCAUAGCAUUUCCAAAGGGGUUCAUCAGGGAUAACACAUUUGUCAAUACAAGUUUGGAUAUAACCAUCGAGUUCAAGUCCAACGUCUGCAAGGACCUCUCCAAGUUUUGGCAAGUCGAUGACUUCGCAGAGAAUCGCACUCAGCCUGAUAUUCUCGUCGGUGGUAGCCCGCGGGAAAGAAACAGCGUGUUUAAAAUAGAGAAAGCCGGGGAAGUAGGAGGUAUAAACAUCUACAAUUUCACCACUCCUGUCGGAACCAAAACCGUCGGAGUCCCUCCAGGGCCAUAUCGAACUCCACCACAACUAGUUCUCACUAGUGAUAAGGAUUCGACCCUACUCGUCAAAUUCAUCAAAGUUUAUUAUGCUACUACCCAUGUUACUUCGGUUUCUUCUCGUGUUGAGAAGUUAGGUCUAAGGAUGAUCCCAUUCUACUAG